CAAACUGUGAGGAACAAAAAGUAUUUCACGUCACGAAACCUCUGUACAGCCCAACCCUUUGCAGCAGCUGCUGGUUUGCAAUGCUCGAGCAGUGGAAUUCCGCGGCGAGCAACUAUAACUCUGCAGUCGGGGUGCGUUGGAGGAUGCGUCAUUAUGAUGGAGCACCAGUCGACAGUGUUCAACUUGGGUAGUUUGAUGGACUCCAUAGUGGCAGGAUUGAACAAACUCAAGCAUGUUGAGCUAUCGGGAGGCCCAACUUGGAAGCCAGAGAUUAACCACCCGAAAGGGGAGUGCCCAAGGACCGAGGAGUAUUUAGGAAGCACAGCUGCAGGGAGGCGAUGCUGUGGGAAUUGCGUCGCCGUUGAAAACAAAGUCAGGUUCUUGUUGUGCACACUGACCACCCAUGGAACAUCUCUUGCAGACACUGGAAAUUUCCCUGAUAAUGACGACGACGACUUCGACUUCUUCGAUGACAUGGUUGAUCGAUCGAGAUGAAGCUAGCAAGCGAGGAACGAAGGAACCGAUAAUAAUUUCUGAAGAGAAGGCAAGGUUUAUAUAGGAGAUUUGCUUCCCGUUUCCCACUCUGAUAGGGAAAUAAAAGGCCUCUCUGAUUCCGGAAGGAUAGCCGUCAAAGUUUUUUUUUUUUUCUUUCUUUUUCCGGGUGUUCUUUCCGCGGUUGGGUCGAAGAAGAAGUUGAGGCUUCUCUUCUUUCUCUCGGAUCUGGAUUCGUCGAUUGACCGGAACAUGGGCCACGCAAUCCAGGGACACCUAUAACUCCCAAUAAGAGACACAUGCUGCCUUAUUUUCUGGAUGAUUAACUCCCGAGUCCCGACUACAGGGCGCUAACUCGCGGCCUGUCCCCGUUGCUGCAACUUCACUUGCGGUGGCGCGUGUUCCGCGGCCGUGAGCACCCGGCGCAGUGGCACGAGAGGAUUGGCCGGCCUUCUCUCCCCCGGCCGCCUGGUCCUCUCGUCUGGUUCCGCGCUGUCUCCCUAGGCGAAGGAAUGGCUGGCCUGAGUUUAAUAUUCUGAUGACAACAACGACGAUGUCCUCUUAUAAGGUACUCGAGAAUGAUCUUCCGAGUUGCGCUCUACACCAGUUUUGUCCUGUGGAUACCCAUGCCGCCAUUGAUGCUUUCGUGUGCUACUGGAAGCCAAGUGCAGUUAUCUUAUUGGAGAGUGAGAUGUGGCCGAAUCUGAUUAUGAUUUCUUCUGCUAAGGGUAUUCUGCUUACAUUAUUGAAUGCUCGGAUGUCUUUGAAGUCCUUCAAAUUUUGAUUCCACUUACAUUAUUGAAUGCUCGGAUGUCUGUGAAGUCCUUCAAAUUUUGGUCAGGAUUGGCGCUUUCCUUGAUAUCGUUAAUGCUAUCCAAGUUUGAUUUGAUUGUCCCACUGAGUACCACUCAGGCAAUACGCUUCCAGCUUCUGCAAGCUCCACCUUCAAUCAUAAAUUUUGCUGGUGAUUUGAAAUACGUGGUAGAACCUGACAUGACCAAGAGGAAUAUAGCAAGCACUGAAGAUUUGAAGGACGAGCUCUCUGAUAGGCAUGUAUGGGUUGCUGCAUCAGUUCAUAGAGGUGAAGAACAAGUAAUGUUAGCAGUUCGCAGAUCGUUGGCCCGAAGGUACCCUGACUUGGUGACUAUUAUUGUCCCUCGCCACCUGCAGCUUGCGCACCAUAUUGUUGAAGAAUUGCAGUAAGAUGGACUUCAUGUAGCCUUGAGGUCUCGAAAGGAAAAGAUCACGGCCAUAGGACAAGUGUACGUGGUCUACACUUUAGGUGAAUUAAGGCGUCUAUAUAGCCUAACUCCAAUAGCUGUAGUUGGCGGUUCCUUCUGUCCUAGUUUUGCUGGCCAUAACAUAUCUGAAGCUGCCGCAGCUGGCUGUGCUGUUUUAACUGGUUUUCAUGCCAGACAUUUCUUACACAUGAUAAAUGAAAUGCAAAGACUGGAUUCUCUUUCAGUUAUGCAGGUGUCUGGAAAGGAAGAACUUAAAGAAGCGCUCUUUCAUCUCUUCAAUGACACAAACUUGCUCAAAGCACGACGCAUGGCUUCGAAACAAACGUUUCAUACCCUUUCCUCGCCCUGCUCUCUUCUACUCUUCUACACACUGCUGUUGAUCUAGUCCAAGUUAGAUAAAGAGAUCUAGUCAUGCCCCGCAUUUGCAGCCCAAAAAGUACUUAAAGUAAAUGCCUUGGUGACACGCCAAAACACAACACCAAACUGUGACCAAGUGAAAUCGCAGUCCGGGAAUGCAGUAACAGCCAUUCUUCUCAGCUAAUGCUAUUGCUCUUACUUGGAGAAAAUCCUCUCCAAGGGUCACAAAUCACUCUGUUCAGAUUGCUGUGAGUGAACUGUUCUUUUGUUAGAAAUGACCAGCCCAGGCAUGAGACGUUCUUCCAAAUCAAACUUGCCAUCAAGGAUGAGGUUGAGUAUCUUGAGAAGGCUGGAAUAAACGUCAUCCAGAUUGACGAGGCUGCUUUGGGGGAGGGGUUGCCUCUAAGGAAGUUGGAGCAUGCUUUCUAUAUGGAUUGGGCUGUCCACUCCUUCAGGAUUACCAACUGUGGUGUCCAAGAUACUACCCAGAUCCAUACCCACAUGCGCUACUCAAAUUUCAAUGAUGUCAUUCACUCAAUCGUUAGCAUGGAUGCUGAUCCCCAGAGUUUCUAGAUUGUACAUGGGUUCUCUUAACUGCAACUUGGGGGUCUUGGUGGAGUUGUCAAAAUAGAACGGGUCGAUAUAGUAGGUGGCCCGGGCAACGCUGCAAGGUUUAUCUUUCUGGUGGAGACUUCUUGUAUUGGCGAGGAAAUUGGAAAACGACCGAAGUCCAAUAUUUGUUUGAUUCGCUAUACACAAA